CCGUGAUAAAGCGACGAUUUCCAACCGUUUCUCACCUAGUGGAGGCUGGAAUUCUAACAGAAGAAGAGAAAGAUAUGCUGGACAACACGCAAACUACCCAUGGGAUAUGGUGGGACUGCCUUGAGUAUCGUGGUCAGUGUGGAAUGAUUUGGUCAUAUGACUGGAUAUCGGUCCCACUAGUAUAUACUCAGGUAGCGGAUUCGGUGAUUUGUCCGUUUGGAGAGGACGAUGACGACUUCGACAUGAACUGUAAUUACAUGAUUCCUGUUGUUCAUU